AUGCUUACAAAUUUUACGCAAGAUCAUCUCAAUUUUCACAAGGCAAUGGAUAAUUAUUUACAUUCAAAGUUAUUAUUAUUUUCAAAAUAUUUAUCAAGAUCUUCAUCACCAAAAGCUAUCAUAAAUCAUGAUGACCCAUCAUAUAAACAAUUUAUCAAUGCAUGUCCAUCAAAUACUCAAAUUUAUACAAAUGGUCUAUUAAAGAAAAAUCAAAACUCAUUUCUAGCUUCUGAUAUUAAAAAUUCUCUAAAUGGUAUAAAUUAUACAGUUUCAAUACCAUCAGGUCAUUAG